GCAGCAGCAGGAUGGCCGACCAGAGCAGGCAAAUCAAACUCGCUGCAGCCAAGAAAAAGCUGAAGGAGUUUCAGCAGAAGAGCUCCCCUGCUAAUGUAGGAGGAGAAAAAGGUGGUGGUGGUGGAGGAGGAGGAGGAGGUGGUGGUGGUGGUGGAGGAGGAGCAGGGGCCAAGAAGAAGAGGAAGAUGAAGGUACUAAACCAACUGGAUGCACCAUCAACAGACAGAAACUCCCCAGUCAUGAAUACCUUUGCUGACAUGAAGGCAACGGGGUCUUCUGUUCCCCAGCAACUGGAGGAGCCAAAGGUGGAGCCUGGUCGUGGCUCACCUGCGUCUAACCUCGCUAGCUCUAAUACUGCUACUAACUCUGAGUCUGUCAGCCACAACACUGACCUGCAGGACUACCCGGAUACCAAUGGCGAUGAGAGUUUAACAGAGGAAAAUAGACCGCUGUCUUCCACAGAGAGCCUACGACAGCUCUCACAGCAACUCAACGGCCUGGUCUCUGGGUCAUCUACAGCGUAUGUGAACGGGGACACUGCUCCUCCUGUCAGUGAGGGAGAACUGGAGAGUCGGAACCAGGAGCUGGCUGCUGCCCUGGAAUCCAGCAACUUAACAAACUCUCAGCUCAAUACCAAGCUAGACCAGCUGGCACAGCAAACUCAGGAGCUCACAGAUCAACUACAAAAGGAGCGAAAAGAAUUUGAACAGAGAUACUCAAAAGAGCAAGGAGCCAUGCGGGAGCAAUUACAGGUUCACAUCCAGACUAUAGGUAUCCUGGUAUCAGAGAAAUCAGAGCUACAAACAGCACUACAAUACACACAACAUGCUGCACGGCAGAAAACCGCCGAGGCAGAUGAACUGAAUAACCGUCUGCAGGCAACAAAGCAGAGAGUGUCAGAGCUGGAGAGGACUCUCUCCUCUGUUUCAACACAGCAGAAACAGUUUGAAAAGCACAAUAAAGAGCUUGAAAAGGAGAGAGACAACCUGAGGCUAGAGGUGUUUAGACAAAAUAAUGUGAGUGAGGAGUCGAAGCAGCAGAGCUCAGAGAUGUCUGAGCAUUUGAAACUAAGUGCACACGAGAAUGGAGCAAUGAGGCUGGAGCUGGAAGAUCUUCGCAAGAGGCUCGAGAUAGCCGACCUCAUGUUGCAACAGUACUCCAGUCAGUCAGACCCCACCAGUGCCAACCAGCAGGUCCAGUUACUGAUGGAAGAGAAGCAGCAGAUGGAGGCACACAAUCACCAGCUGAUGGAGUCAAUUUCUCAGCUAAAGACGGAGAGGGACUGCUAUGCAGAGCAGAUCCAGGAGGAGGGCCGUUUAUGGAAGGACAAAACAGAACAGCUGCUAACACAGGUGUCAUUAGUUGCAGAGGAGAGAGACAGAAACAUCAACCGAGUCCAAGAACUGGAGGCUAGCAUCACAGAGCUAAAACAUGCUGCAGCAUUAUUGUCCCAAGAGAGAGAGACUCAGGGUGAUGCAGAGGCUCAGUCCUCAGGGCCAUCAGAGAGUGAGGUGGCUCUGCAGGAAGCACUCAGCACUCUACAACAGGAGAAAGAUGCUCUUACUGCACAGUACCAAGCACAGCUGCGAGAUAACGAGCAGCUGAGUCGCCUGUGUGCAGAGCGAGAGGCACGUCUGGGGGAGCUGGAGCAGCAAGUGGAGAUUAAAACCCAGGAAGAAGAGGACCGCCGGCGCAUGCUGGAGGAUGUUCAGUCAGACAAGGCCACUAUUAGCCGUGCUCUCACCCAGAACCGAACACUGAAGGACCAGCUGGCUGAGCUACAGAACGGUUUUGUCAAACUGACUAAUGAGAACAUGGAGCUGACCACUGCCAUUCAGUCAGAGCAACAUGUGAAGAAGGAGCUGGCUCGCAGGAUGGGUGAACUGCAAGAAGAGAUGCACAAUGUCAAGGAGCAGCUGGAACUGAAAAGCACAGAGACUCAAGGUGUGAUGGAGCAGAGGGAUCAGGUAGUGGCCCACCUGCAGCAGUACUGUGCUGGCUACCAGGCUCUUGCAUCAGAGAGGGAACAGCUCCACCAUCAGUAUUUGCAGCAGACCCAGAUCAUGGACCGGCUGCAGCAUGAUGAAAGCCAGGGCCGUGUGCAGCUGGAUAUCAGUCACAGUCAGCUCAAACAAGCACAGGACCAUCUGGAGCAGUUAGUCAGAGACAACGAGCUGCUGAAGGCUGAGGUGAAGGAGUUGAUCAGCAGCUCAGCUCUUGCCACGCCACUCAGAGACCAAGGAGAUGGAGUGGAAAGCCAGUCCCUGCAAGAGAGCCCAAACAAGUCCUCCUCCAUAGUUAUCCCAGAAGACUUUGAGAGCCAGAAGGAGAUGGAGGAGUUUAUCCGUGGAGCUUUGGCUCAUUUGGAGGCUGAGAGGGACGAGGCCAGGAGACAACUGGAGGAGGAGCACAGGCUCCACAUGGCAGCCCGGCACCAGGCUGCUGUGGCACUCCGCCUUGAGCCCGAUCACCACAGCCACCAACCUGCUCACGCCCACCAUCAUCACGAUCACGAUCACGAACACGAUCACGAUCACGAUCACGAUCACGAUCACGAUCACACUCAGGGCCAACAUAGUCAUUGUGAACACAGUCAUGAGCAUUCAGAAGGAGGAGUCCCAGUUGAAGUUCAUCAGGCCCUACAGGCUGCCAUGGAGAAGCUUCAGCAGCGUUUCACCUCCCUCAUGCAGGAGAAAGCUGACCUGAAGGAGCGGGUGGAGGAGCUGGAGCACCGUUGUAUCCAGCUGUCCGGAGAGACCGACACAAUAGGAGAGUACAUCGCCCUGUACCAGAGUCAGCGGGCCAUCAUGAAGCAGAAACACCAAGAGAAGGAGCAGUACAUCAGCAUGUUGGCCCAGGACAAGGAGGAGAUGAAGGCAAAACUGGCAGAGCUGCAGGAUCUGGUGAUGAGAUUGGUGGCCGAGAGGAACGACUGGUACAGCCGCUACACCGGAGCUGUGGCCGGCGCUGGCUCGGUGAACCCUGACCUGCUUCCUGUCGGGGAGGAUCACACUCACUCAGAGUGUCACGCGCACACACACACAGAGCUUAAUGCUGUCGGUGGAGCAGAAGCCAUGGAGGUCAUCCCUCUGUCAGAGCCCACCACAGACCUGGAAGCACUUUCAUCCCAGACGCUUUCAACUGGGUCGGGCCAGACUGACUCCAAGCCCCUGGAGGACGGUACCGCCGAGCAGAUCAUGCAGCUGCUCCAUGAGAUCCAGAACCCCCAGGGAGCGCUAAGAUCACCCCCCUUCCUCGGGGAGAACCCCUGCAUCCCCUUCUUCUACCGACCCGACGAACAGGACGAAGUAAAGAUCCUGGUGGUGUGAGGGGUGGGUGUGACAGAGGCCAGUGUGUGUGUGUGUGUGUGUGUGUGUGUGUGUGUGUGUGUGUGUGUGUGUGAGAUCGAUCUUGGGCAUGUCUUGAAGUAUGGGGAAAAUUAAACACCACAGUUUACAAUGUGUGUUGCUUAUGAAUCAUAUUUACAAACACUGCUCAAGAUAUUUGACUCCUUACAAAACUGGUCACAGAUAGGAGAAAGUCUUUGACUCAGUUACAUCUAAAUGUACGCCCCCCCCCCCCCAUUGUUCUGUGUGCUGGCACUAAUGUGUGCAUGGUGAAAAUAGAAAGGGUAGUUUCCGUUUAUUUUUAUGUUUUUGUGUUUUGUCUUUGAUGCUCUUCCCGGAGAGGAGAUAAUCAGUGUACCUGAACACAAUCAGAUUAUUUCCCUUUCUGCUAUUUUUAAUCCCCCAUCCUCUCCAUCUCUUACACAUAAGUGCAAUAAAGGGGCUAUAUAUUAUAUAUUCUGUCCCCUCGCUCAUACAGUACUUAAGGAGCUGUCUAAAAAAAAUAAUUAGCAGCUUGUUUAUGUGCAACUUUAUUUUAGUGCAAAUCUUUGUUUUACACCAUUUACUGUUGACAUGCCAAAAAAAAGGAGCAUCACGUUUGAAUGUACUAAUCCGAAUAGUUCCCUGUAUGUUAGUGUGAUGUGGAGGAGAAGUGAUGUUAGUGAAAUGGGUUCAGUGAGAGGAAAAGCAGGUUGGGUGAGAUGUAAAGUUAAAGUUGAGACAGUGCAGGAACUUAUAGUGCAACAUUAAAGCUUUUUAACCACAGGCGCUGUUCAGUCAACAGCUCGCUAGUUGCAAGAACAGGUUCAGGAAGACGGAAGCAGGUGUUGCAGAUGGUUCUGUUCCUUAAAACUACCUUCUCUCUCUAUUUGUGUCCUUUAUUCUCCUCAACACUGAAAAUAAGUUCUACGUGUGUGCGUGUAAAGUCCAAAAUGUUAAUAUAUAUAUAUGAAGCGUUUGUGUUCCUGUUAGACUGAGACAAGGCACCACCAGUAUGAAGAGAUGGCUUCUGAGUUAUAGGGUUAGGGUUAGAGGGAUUAGAUGCUAUUUAAAGACCCCAUGGAAGAAGAAAAAAACUACUUUCAGUUUAAGUUAUGACGGCAUUAUUUUGGAGAAGGGCAUCUUUUUUUAAAGUGUAAGUAAGAUAAAAUACAUUUAUUCUUUUAAAGUGUUUUGGGUGAUUUCUUUACCAUUGUUUCUUCAACUGGUCCUGAUUUAUCUUUACCAUUAACAUAUUCGACAUUAUAGUGUAGUGACUUUAAGAAGGUGAUGGUAAGAUCUCAUCAUCUUCAGCUGAGCUCCAUCUUUGGUUUCGUGGGGUCUUUAAGUUUCUAAAUGAAUGGACACUAUUAAGGAGAGCCUGUUCUUUUCUGUCAUGCUGUGCUCGUAGCUCUACAUAUCAAAGAUGAAUUACUGCACAUCCUUUCUAACUGGACUGCGAGCGUGUACGUGGUGUGUGUGCGUAACCCAAACAGCAUCUGUUGUACCUUUUUUUUUGUAGAGUUUUAUCAGAUUAAAUAAGUAUGAUUGCACUAAAACUGUACAAAGCUUCUGGUUCAGCUCUGUCCUCCCAGGCUGCUCGGACAGUGUCGUUUCUACCACGGAGCUUCUUCUUCUGUGGUAGAAAACGAGGAGGAUCCUAUGAAGCCGCGCUGUUAAGCUGAGGGUCCCAUAAGAAGCAAAUGAAUUAAAAUUGAAAGUGUUUUGAUGUGUGUGUGUGUGUGUGUGUGUGUGUGAGGAUGGACGAGCUAUGUAAAUAUCAGAAUAAGGUGAAAUGAAUGAGACGGCUCAGUUCUAUAAGUCAUUUUAUUCCAUGGGACCAUUCAAAAUUUGAAAAAAAUGAAAAAACACCUCUCUUUCCAAAACUAGAGAAUAAAACUACCCAAAUGUGUUGUGUCCCUCUUAUUGGUGAACAGUACCAGGGAACAUCUCCUUUGGGCAUUAAAAAUGUAGGUUAAUGACUGAAUCACAGGUGUCUUGCUUUAGGAGAGAGAUGCUUGAGUGGAGUUUAGAGCUCUUUUCUCUCUAUAACCAUUAACCAGGAGCUACACUGUCACUUCUCACUUUUACCAUUUAUCAUCAGAGGCCUCUGUUUUCUGAGCGUCUCUCCAUGAGUUAAACACGCAAAGACACGAUGCUGUCACUACAGUGCAUACAAGAAAUAAUCCCAUGGGCUACAUUUGGAGAUAUUUUACUUUCUUAUUCAGAUGUUUGAAUUUUGAUGUCCUGUGUUUCCUCCUUAUUUUGAGGUAGAAGACACAUUUAGUUAAAUUAUUCAACUGUACACUUGAUAUUUAUCAUUAAAAGCAACACGACAGAAAGCAUUAGUGCACAUUCUGCUAUUUUAAGGCUGUAAUAAGAAAAGCAUAAUGCCAUGAAGAUGUAAAGGAUGUGGAGGCCGUAGGUAUUUGGUGUUGUUUACAGGUAAAGUAAACUGCACUGUGUCGACCCAGAGCUGCAGAGCUUUAGCAGUAAUAAAAUGACUCCCAUCAUUCUUGAUUUUUUUUAAAUUCCUUGCUUCUUAGCAUUCUGUCACUUUUUUUUUGGUUUCUUUAAAACAUGCCACAAAUGUUCCUUUCCUUCCUUGUUUUGUUUUGUUUUCUGGGAGUGGUCAGACCAAGAGGUGAAUAUGUAUUAAAAAAAAACCUUUUGUGUCGUUUUGGGGCUUGUAAGAUAACAAAAAAAAUGUGAUUAAAUGAUUUCCCACACUUUCUAAUUCACUGUUAAAUAUGCGUGAUUGAAACAUAGCAAUGAGAAAGCAUUUAUUGUCUUUACUGUAAAACAGGUGGUGUACAUACUGUAACUGUGUAACAUAUUGUAUAUUCAUUAAGCCUGGUGGUGUGGGGAUAAAGCUGCUCUGCUGUGUUAGCUGGCAGCGUGUGUCUGUUAGCACGGAGCCGGGCGUUGGCGGUGACUUACCGGCUCUGAUUUAAUACAAAGAUUGACUUAAAAAAAAAAAAAAGAAGAAAAUAUUCUAUUUAUUUGGAAUAAGUUAGUAUCUCAACUAAUCAGUUUUAAUGUAAAAUAGACGAGACUGGUGGAUGGAAAUGAAGGAUUGUUCGAGGGCUGCUUCUGACAGGAGCUUUCUGAUUUAUUUUUUUUUCUCUCGAGUAAUAUUUUCUCCCCUUCUACUGAAUAAAACUGAUUGAGCAAGUUAAA